AUGGUCAACGCCGGCAUACUCAACGUCAUCUACCUGUCCAGCUACGCCAUCAAGGUGGGCGUGUCGCCCCCGGACGCCGCCCUGCUGAUCACCAUCAGCGGCCUCAUGGACAUGGUGGGGAAGAUCUGCUCGGGGGUCUUCGCGGACUUGCGAAUCGUGCGCCCCAACGUCCUCAUGGCCGUGUCGACGUUCUGCCUCGGGGUCGUCACGCACUGCAUCUCACUGUUUCGAUCGUUCGAGCACCUGGUGAUUUACUCCGUGCUGCAAGGCUUCCUGGCCAGCAUCGGGCCGAACUUGAACACGGUGGCCAUCGUUGACGCCAUG